GUUAAAAAUUGUUUAUCAUUAUUACGAUCACUUUACUUAUUUCGUUUUAUUUGUUAGAAACUCGACAAAUUACUAGUAGCUGCGUGUUAACACAUGGUUGACACAGUGUUUAAUAAUGGGUCCGCCAUUGAAUAUAACACUUUUCGAAAGGCUUUCUUCCCUAGUUCGUCCGGUGAACUACAAACUGUUGUUGAGGCCUAACCUGGACACCGGUAUUUUCCAAGGAAACGUUAAAAUCAACAUCGUUCUAAAGCAGGAAAAGAACUAUGUGAACCUCCAUUCCAAGUUUUUAGAUAUAAGUAAAGUUCAAGUGUUCAGGGGCGACAGAGAAAUACCGGUAUUGAAAUAUGUGGAGGUGGAAAAUCUUGAACAACUUUUGAUCGAGUUUAAUGAUCCUUUGAGCCCCGGUAGUUACCAGAUAGAUAUAGAUUUUGAAGGCAAAUUAACACAGAAAAUUGUUGGGUUUUAUUCGUCACGGCUGAGAGAUGGCAAGACAAUGGUGGCAAGCAAGUUUCAGCCAACAUAUGCCCGGCAAGCUUUCCCCUGCUUUGACGAGCCGGAUUUCAAGGCAACGUAUGAUAUCACUCUUGUAAAACCGGAGAAUUAUGUAGCCCUCUCCAAUAUGAAUGAAAUAUCCAGGUCUCGUGAUGAUAAAACAUCCUCAGAAAUUGUAACGUUUGCAACUAGCGUCCCCAUGUCAACAUACUUAGCCUGCUUCGUGAUUUGUGACUUUGCCUCCAAAGAAACAGAGAUCAACUCCAAUGGUAUAGGAAGUAACUUUAUAUUGCGAUCAUUCGCGCAGAAGGACCAGACGCACAAAAUUGAUUUUGCUCAGAGUAUCGGGAAGAGAGCAACGGAGUUCUACAUACAGUAUUAUGAAGUGCCAUUUCCUCUGCCAAAACUAGACAUGAUAGCCAUCCCUGACUACAUAUCUGGAGCCACGGAGCACUGGGGCCUGGUGACGUACCGCGAGACCUCCUUCCUAGUGGACGAGGCCACGGCCUCGGCGCAGAACAAGAUCAGCGUGGCCAACACCAUCGCGCACGAGCUGGCGCACAUGUGGUUCGGGAACUUGGUGACUAUGAAAUGGUGGGACGACUUGUGGCUGAACGAGGGCUUCGCGUCCUACAUGCAGGUGAAAUGUUUGAACGCCAUCGAGCCUUCCUGGACUAUGCUUGAUCAAUUCUUGAAAGGGAUGCAUACCGUGAUGGUGACGGACGCGAAGCUCUCGAGUCAUCCCAUCGUGCAAACUGUAGAGACACCUGAUCAGAUCACUGCCAUAUUUGACUCCAUUUCUUACAACAAGGGUUCAUCAGUAUUACGUAUGCUGGAAGGUUUCAUAGGCGAGGAGAACUUCCGCAUGGGUGUGUCGGACUAUCUCAAGAAGCACAAGUUCGGGAACACGGUUACGCAGGACCUGCUCGCCUCGCUGGAGCCCUACUUCAAGAAGGGCAACCCCGAUCUUAAUCUUACGUACAUAAUGGACACAUGGACGCGUCAGAUGGGUUACCCGGUACUGACGGUGACCAGGAAGGACGCGUCCUAUCGCGUCACGCAAUCGCGAUUCCUCUUGGACCCGGAGGCCGAGUCACCUAAUGAUUCCGAUUAUAAUUACCGGUGGUUUGUGCCUGUUACAUACAAAAGUAAUAACGGCGUAAACGAAAAAGUAAUCUGGUUCGGAGACAAAAAGGAAAACGUUGAAAUAUCGGAGCCGGACGCUACUUGGCUCAAGAUAAAUAACAACCAAGUGGGGUACUACCGGGUGAACUACCCACAGGAGAUGUGGGAGAGCUUGAUUGAGCAGUUGAAGGCGAGAUCUGAUCAGCUAACGAUAUCAGAUCGCUCGCACUUGCUGGACGACGUGUCGGCGCUGGCCGAGGCAGGCCUCGUGCCGUACUCGCUAGCCCUCGACCUGACGACCUACCUCAGUGUGGAGGAGGCCUAUAUGCCGUGGCAGACCGCCGCUGGCAUAUUCGGCGAUUUGUCACUGAGACUACUUAAUACACCCGCCCAUGACGAUCUCAAGCUAUACAUGCAAGAACUUGUCACGCCUAUUUUUACUAAAGUGGACGAAGGAUCUGGCAAUUCGGGAGUGAUUGAGCGUCUCCUACGUACCACGAUCCUUUCGCUGGCCACUAAAGCGGAGCUCCCCAAAGCCCAGAGCAAGGUGCGACAGAUGUUUCUCGAGUGGCUGAACAGCCACGACACAGGGCACGUGAAGACUGUGGAGACAGACUUGAGGGCCCUAGUGUAUUACCACGGCAUGAAACAGGGUACACUGACAGAGUGGGACAAACUCUGGCAGAUCUACAAGAGGGAAGAGGACGUGCAGGAGCAGACGAAGAUUAGGCAAGCGCUGGCGGCGCCGCGGGAUACGUCUAUACUCAGAAAGUAUCUCGACCUUGCGUGGGACGAAACCAACGUCCGCGCCCAAGACUACCUAAACGUCAUCCAAAUGAUCAGCAACAACCCAUCAGGCACCACCCUAAUAUGGGACGAUGUCCGCAAUCGUUGGCCCUCUCUAGUGGAGCGAUACACACUCAACAGUCGGUACCUGGGCGCCGUUGUACCGGGCAUCACUGACUCAUUCCAUUCAGAAAAGGAGCUCAAAGAGAUGCAAGAUUUCUUCGCGAAGUACCCCGACGCGGGCGCAGGCGCGUCAGCGCGAAAACGCGCGCUUGAAACAGUUCGCAACAACAUUAAGUGGGCUUCAAACAGAGCCCCCGCUGUGAGCGCGUGGUUGCAAACAAGACGCCAACAACGCUCCACCCAGAAAUCAUAACCUGUCAACAGUGUCAACCUAGUACAUAGUGGGGUUACUUUGAUUCGCGGGAUAACAUUGAUCAUCGAUUUUUGAGAAUUAGGGAGUUAGGGAGCGAACUUACAUUUCAUGAUGUGGUUGGCAUGCUUAACCGAAAUAGACGAUGAAAGCGUUCAGAAACUAAUUCCUUAUAAUUUAAAAAUCGAUGAUCAAUGUUACCCCACGAAUCAAAGUAACCCCAGUUCACA